AGCAUGCAGUCUGCAGUCCACUGCAGUCGUUUGUCGUUUAACGAGUAACCGAGAUACCAGCAGCGGUGAUCGUCAUGUAUUGCAAAAUUAUCGGCUAUUUUGCUGCCUUAUUGGCUGUCGUCCGUGCUGGGAUCGUUAGUCCGGGUGCAACUGCAGUAGCCGUCGCGCAACAGCCAGCAGCAACGAUUAUCAGAGCCGAAAACUACGAUUCUCCUCGAUAUAGCUUUCGAUAUAGCGUGGCAGAUGGUCUCACUGGCGACAACAAGGCGCAGGAAGAGACUCGCAACGGCGACGUAGUUCACGGAAGUUACAGCUUAAUCGAGCCCGACGGUUCCCGGCGCGCCGUCUCCUACGUGGCCGAUCCUAUCAACGGUUUUAACGCGGUCGUGCAGCGGGAACCCGGCAUCACGGUUAGAACCGCCGCACCCCUCGCUGCAGCAGCGACAGUGCGCCCCGUGAUCGCUGCAGCUGCACCAGCACCGGUUGCGGUCCGCCCGCAGGCGAUUGUCGUGGGUGCGCCCCUGCUGAGACAGCCGUUCAUCUCCGGAUCCACGCUGGCCGCGACGAACGUCGUCGCCGCGAAUUCGGGACUGGUGGGUCUUGGACUGGGACUAGGAGUCAGAUCGGGAUCCCUCUAUGGCGCGCAGACCGUCGUCGCGAACGGUUAUGGCAGCGACAGUGUCGUGAAAAUUCACUAAGCAGCAACCCAAGCAGCGGUGGUUCUGCCUCGAUUGACGUUACUCGGCUUCCCUUCGCGAGACACGGCCGGAAAUAAUCCCCGUUCGUCCUCCUGCGUAUCACGAUCUCCUCACGCAUUUCGCGUCGCAUAAUCGUUUAUGAAAUAUACAAGAAGAUAUAUCUGAAAAAUGUAGAUUAUAUGUAUACAGAGAAAAUAUCGUUUAUUUAUGCUGAAACGCGAGAUACUUGGCACUUGAGCGUCUCAAAAUAAAGUUCUUCGGUAGAGGUAAA